GAUGAGAUACUCGAUGCAGCCACCCAGCAGCAAGACACAUCUGCAUGGUUUGAACAGAUGCAACACCUCGUUGAAGGAACCGAAAAAGUCCAGAUCAGUCAUGAAGGCAUACUCUUUCUUCUCCGAGAUAUGGGUAUCCACCCGCCAAGGCAGCAAAGCUGGGUUGAAAGUGAAUGCACACGUAAGUACUAUUCACCGUGUUUCUCACUGCCCAAAGAAUAUGUGCAAACGCCACACUCGUCCGUCACCAACGCGGUUACACAUCCAGCGCGUUCGUUCUCCACCAUGACUUCUCUCCCUUCCCACCAACCACCUCGACCAGAGACGCCUGCCAUUGCAGACUGGCCGACGUCUCGCCUACCGAAACCUCGCACACCGACACCUCACGCCCAUCAACCGCAGGUUUUCCGCGAUGGGGUAUUGCCGCUCGACUUCAGCGCACCUAAACAGCCUGGGCUGACUUUCCCCAAGAACUUCAGGACCUACCACUGCCCGCCCGACCAGAUCACCACGACCCAAGCUCCGGCACCCAAUCCACUGAGGAAGACCUCAAGCGACCCGGUGUUCUUCAGCGAUCCGGCACUGAGAAAAGACGUCGCUGAGUCUUUCGGUCACGCGGUCCAGUCGAAGAAUGACAAGCAGCCUGCAGGUGGCGUCAAGAAGACUGAGCGGAGGCUGCCUUACAAAGUCAACGACGAUGACCUGGUGGCUUGGAACACAGGCUCAGAUACUGGUGCAGAUGAUCGAGAGGAAAAGGUGAAGGCAAGCAGCGACUUCGUUACCAACACGUGGCCACCAUGGAAUCUUCGCUUUGAUCUGGAGGUGUGAACCCUGGGCGUCGGAGUCUUGUCCAUCCUGCACUGAAUGAGCGAUUAUUGCCAUUUUGAAGGGCUAUUCACAGCAACAGAGUGCGAGCAAGUAUGCCCGCUGCAUUAGGCAAUGCGCUU